AUGAGCACGAAGCUACGCCUCCCUUUAAAGCUUAUUCCCCAAAACGCCGUCGUAUCUAACCUUACCCGUCGUCUUUUGCACGAAGGACCCGACACGCUGGAGGAGCUCAUAGACCGACAUGUAGUGAAGAAAGACAAAUCCCAUCUCCACGACGAAGAAGAAGACGAGCUCUUGAGGCGGAGGCGAUUGACCAGCACGCGCCGAGAGGCACUCAGUCUCUACCGAGACAUCCUCCGAACUACCCGAUUUUUCAUGUGGCCCGACUCCAAGGGCGUUCUGUGGCGCGAUGUCCUCAGAGAGAACGCCCGGAGGGAAUUCGAGCUCGCCCGCUUCGAAACGGAUCCCGAAAUUGUGACCCGGUUGCUCAUCGGCGGCCGUGAUGCUGUACAGUCGGCUAUAGAUAAACUCGUUGAGAAGCAGAAGCAACUGGUUGAGAAGGAACGCGACAGUAGUGGAGAUCGACGAUGAUUCUCGAUUUGGGUGUAAUUUUGUAUUGUCGAUAAUGUGUUUGUUUAUUUGUCUCUGUGAAGAGAAUUAAUUAACCUAACCCCAACUUUGGGGAUAAAUUUAUUAGCUUCAUUGCUUGAAAUUGAAAA